AUGAAGUGGACAGAACAUGUGGUUGGAUAUGUUUUUAUUGUUGUCAGUUUGUGUUCAUAUAAUUAUCAAGUAAAAGCACUUGAUAAUGGAUUACUUCGACAACCACCAAUGGGUUGGUUAACAUGGCAACGAUUUCGUUGUGUAACUGAUUGUCAAGAAGAUCCAGAUACAUGUAUUAGUGAAAAAUUAAUUCGAACACAAGCUCAAUUACUUGUACAAGGUGGAUAUUUAGCUGCUGGAUAUGAAUAUAUUAUAAUUGAUGAUUGUUGGUUAAGUAAUACUCGUGCACCUGAUGGUACAUUACAACCUGAUAGUAAACGUUUUCCAAGUGGAAUACGUGCAUUAGCUGAUUAUGUUCAUUCAUUAGGUUUAAAAUUUGGUAUUUAUGAAGAUUAUGGUACAGAAACAUGUGCUGGUUAUCCUGGUAUUUUAGGACAUUUAGACCAAGAUGCUAAAACAUUUGCUAAUUGGACAGUUGAUUAUUUAAAAUUAGAUGGUUGUAAUGCUGAUAUAAAAGAUUUUGAUACUGGUUAUCCAGAUAUGGGACGUGCAUUAAAUGCCACAGGUUUUCCAAUUGCAUAUUCAUGUUCAUGGCCAGCUUAUGAUGAAUUUUCACAAAUAAAACCAAAUUAUUCAGCUAUUGCACAAACAUGUAAUUUAUGGAGAAAUUGGGCUGAUAUUGAUGAUUCAUGGGAAAGUAUUUAUUCAAUAGUACAAUGGUUUGGUGAUAAUCAAGAUCGUUUAUCACCAUUUCAUGGUCCAGGACAUUGGAAUGAUCCAGAUAUGAUUGUUAUUGGAAAUUUUGGUUUAAGUCCAGGUCAAUCACGAGCACAAAUGGCACUUUGGUCAAUUAUGGCUGCACCACUUAUACUCUCUGUUGAUUUAAGAACAAUUAGUAGUUGGGCACGAGAUAUUAUUUUAAAUAAAAAUUUAAUUGCUAUUAAUCAAGAUCCACUUGGAGCUAUGGGAAGACGUAUUCUUAAGUUAGAUGAUCAUGUUGAAGUAUGGAGUAAACCAUUGAUAGAUGAUCGUGUUGCGUUUGUUGCACUCUAUCCUGAACCAUAUGGAACACCAAUUCAUUUAAGUGUUAAUCUUACAAAUCUUGGUUUAAUACGAUAUCAAGAUUAUAAUUUUUUUGAAUCAUUUUCUGGUGAUUUUCUUGGUAGAUAUCAUUAUACCGAUAAAUAUAGUUUUACAAUUAAUCCAUCGGGUGAUGUACAUGCAUUUUAUGUUGAAUCGGCUAUACCAAGAAAAAGAUUUCCUAAGAAUUUAUAA